GUCGUCAGUGUGGAUCUAGGCGGCUGUUCGGAAGUCAUGCGGUAGUCAGACAGGAUGGUUCCUGAGGUGCUACUACUCAGCCUCGCUCUGCUGCUCGGCGCGGUAGGCAUCCAGAUCACGGACCUCAGGGUACCGUCUGCUGUCCGGAACAACUCCGGCUCGGCCGCGCUUCUGGACUGCGAGUACACGCUGAAGCCGGAGGAACUGGCCGCAGACAAGUACUCGGGCCUUGUGGUGAAGUGGUACUUCAAAAACAGUCCGAGUCCGGUGUACCAGUGGAUCCCGGGACAGAAGCCGCAGGACCUGGGCAUUCUCAAGGGCAAGCUGGACCUGAGUCACCGUGCCUCAGACCACGGAGCCACAAUGCACCGCGCUCUCUACAUCACAAACCCCACGACCGAACUUUCGGGAGAAUACAAGUGCUUCGUGUCCACCUUCGACGACGAGGAUUUCAUGACCAAGAAGAUGGUCGUCUUCGCUCCCGAGAAGAGUCUGGAGUUCACUUCUUCGAGGUUUGGCCCUGACGCUGUAAACCUGACGUGCAGGGCGCGAGGUGUCUAUCCACAGCCCAAGAUGGCGCUGUACAAGGAUCCAGACAG